GUCCUUGUCCGCCAUUUUGGGACUGACCAUUUGUUUUGUUGUCGAAUUCUUUCUGAGAAUACGUCUAAAUAUCUGCAGAAUUCAACACCUUAUAGAUAAGGAAACGGCAACAAGCUAUUGAAAUGGAGGCUGGGCCAUUUGACUUGGCUACACUACAGGCGGCAUAUGAACUGGCCAUGUCUGCUGAAGACCCAGGAACCGAGAAUAACAGUACUAGUGGAGAGGACCAGACAACAGAUACAGGAAGGCAGCAGGACAGGGAAAGAGAGAGUCCAUGUGAGGAAAGGGAGAGUCCAUGUGAGGAAAGGGAGAGUCCAUGUGAGGAAAGGGAGAGUCCAUGUGAGGAAAGGGGGAGUCCAUCUAAGGAAAGGGAGAGUCCAUCUGAGGAAAGGGAGAGUCCAUGCGAAGAAUCUACCCAUCGUGGCCAUGUUUGUUCUCAUUGUGGAUACACGACAAGUCGUCUGGCAAACCUCUCAGUACACAUGAAAAAGCACACAGGUGGAAACCCCUACCAUUUGGAUCAGUCAGAAAAAACGAGUGAUGACGACGAAACCAACAACAGGGAAGACACAGAUACAGAAUGGCAGCAGGACAAGGAAAGGGGGAGUCAGUAUGACUCUGAGGAAACCUGUAGUGUAGGCUCUACCCAGUCUGAAGAGCUUGAAAAAAUGGAUGUUGACUAUCACGAUUCGCCUGACAAUGCCGACAACAGAGAGGUCCAGGCAACAAACCAAGCUGGACCAAGUUACAGAUGUGGCCAGUGCGAUCACCUUGCAAGCAGCCAGGAGGGUUUAAAAGCCCACAUGGUGUACCACUUGUGCAAAUGCGACCUUUGCAGCUUUUCUACCACGUCGAAACAGGAACUGAGGCAGCACAUUUCGGAACACACUGCAGACAAACCGUACAUCCACUCAUGCGGACGCUGCGACUUCAAGACCCUCCAUAAAUCCCAACUUACCAAACAUAUGAAAACACACCCGGUGGAAGAAUGCCCCAACAAAUGCGACAUUUGUGGCUUUGUCACAACGUCAAAACAGGAACUGCAGCAGCACAUUUCCCAACACGACGAACAGUACAUCCACUCGUGUAAACAUUGUGACUUCCAGACCAUCUACAAAUCUCAACUUUCCACGCACAUUAAAAAUCUACAUGCUGUUGAGGAGUACCCCUACCAGUGUGACCAGUGCAGAUACGCCACAACACAGAAGAACUUUUAUGACAAACACAUGCUCAAAGUACACAGCAAGCCUCACGUGUGUUGGUGUGGGUUUAGAACGGCUGAUAGUUCUUUCCUACUUGUGCACAUGGCAACCCAUACAGGACAAAUAACCUAUAAAUGUGACCAGUGCGACUUUAUUGCAUUGUCACAACACACUUUGAAACAACACACUAAGGCAACACACAACUACAAAUGUAGACAGUGCGAUCAUAUUGAAAGCAGCCAAGAGGGUUUAAAAGCACACAUGGCAUUCCACUUGUUGAAAUGCGGCACUUGCAAGUUUUCAACACCGUCGUUACAGGAUUUUAAACAGCAUCUCUCCCAGCACGUCUACAAACCUUACAUCUACUCAUGUGGACAGUGUGACUUCAGGACCGACUAUAAGUCUCAACUUGCCACACAUAUCAGAAGUCUACACACCCCUGACGAAUUCCCCCACAAGUGUGACCAGUGCAGCUACGCUGCGAGACAGAAGUCCUUUCUAGACAAACACAUGCUGAAACACACCAAACCCCACGUGUGUUGGUGUGGCUUCAGAACGGCUGACAAAUCUCAGCUAGUUGUACACAGGGCAACCCAUACAGGAGAAGUAACCUUCAAGUGUGAUGAGUGUGACUUUCGUACGUUGUCAGAAGACAGUUGGGAACAACACGAGGAAACACUCGGUCACACUCUUGCAAAUUGGGGAGAUGUUUCUACAUCAUCAAAAAACAAGAAUUUGAAGAAACAUUCAGGAGAAAAACCCUACCUCUUCUCGUGUGAAAAGUGCGAGUUUAAGACUGAUGACGGUUCACAGGUAUACCCACAUAUGAUGACCCAUGCUGAGAAAAAACCUCCUUCGUAUAAAUACAAGUGUGAUCAGUGCAGCUACGUCGCGAGCAAAAAGCACUUUUUAGACAAACACAUGCUCAAACAUACCAAGCCUCGUGUGUGUUGGGUUCGAACGCCCAAUAGUUCUAGCCUAUCUGUGCCAAGCGCAUCCGAUAUGAGCCGAGGAGAAAGAACCUACAAAUGUGAUCAGUGUGAGUUUUCUACAUCGUCAGAAGACAGUUUAGAGCUACACAGGGCAAUACAUAGAACAGUUGAUAGUAUGGAAGGUCACAAUGUUACACACAGUGGCACAGUCAACCGUCACACGAGUGGGGAGCGUGAGUUCACCACAAGUGACAGUGUUAUUCUAUCCAUGCAUAUUAAUGAACAGACAGGCGAAGCACCCAAAAUCAGUGACCACACUUCUGGCAAAACCACACGUACACUCAGUACCGAGGAAGACUACCACAUCUGUGGGGAGUGUGCGUUCAUAACAACUGACAGGGUUGUCCUAUCUAUGCAUCUGACUGAACACAAAGGCAAAGAACAGACCACCACCACCUGGGACCAUACCUAUGCCAUCCCAGCCUCCGCACUGGACAUGAACACUGGUGACAAACCCUACCUGUGUGAACAGUGUGGAUUCUCGUCCACGUCCAUAACUCAAUUUACCAUCCACAAGAGAAGACACACGGGGGAGAAGCCUUACCUGUGUGACGUCUGCGGGCUAACGUUUGUCGACCGGUCUGCCCUGACUGCUCACCGCAGGAGGAAACACACACUUGAGAAACCACACAAAUGCAACCUGUGCGACUAUUCUGCCGAACAGAAAAGCUGUCUAGACCUACACAUGGCAAACAAGCACACGGGGGAGAAACCCUACGCGUGCGAGCUGUGUGGGUACAGGACAGCUGUGAAGGGGUACAUUUCCGUGCACAUGAGGAUACACACGGGUGACAAGCCCUACCGGUGUGACUACUGUGACUUUACUGCUGCGGCGAAAAACACCAUUAACCAACACAUGGCCAGGCACGAUCCCACCAAAUACCUCGUGUGCAAGGAGUGCGGCAUGAGGACAGUUAGCAAGCAGUACAUGAAGCGCCACAUGGCUAAACACGAAAAGAACCCGAGUUACAGCUACAAACCGUACCAGAAAAAGAGGAGAAAGAAUGAUGAUGAUGAUGAUAGCAUUGAUGAUGACAUUACUGAUGAUGAUGAGGAGGAGGAGGAGGUGUAUUAUGCAGAUUAUGAUGAUGUUGAUGAGAAAGAGCAGGAUAAUGAAGGUUAUGAUGAAGACUUGUUUGACUUCUAUGGAGCACAGGAAGGCACUGAAGAUGUGGAGUAAAUUCCCUGCUACUUUUGUACAUAACUAUUCACAUUAUUAUUUACUCAGUGUUAUCUGUUACACACUGUUGUCUCACUUGUGAUUGCAUGAAUACAAAAUGUGUAUAAAUGUA